AUGCACCCCCUUACUACGUCAGACCUCGCCUUCUUGCUUUGCACGUCUUCAUCUACCUCCCCACCAAGAGCGCCACUGAUGUUGAGGACGACGUAUGGGUUGGUGGUUGUUAUUCAGAACGAUGGAUCGUUGGCCAUAUCGAUAUCAGAACAAAAGCCACCGCGUGGAAAGGACAUGGUAGUCGGGGGGGUUUGCUCUGUUCUUGCCAGCCCUGUCAUGCUUCCCGUUCCACAGAUAUCGCAACCGCAAAACGAGCAUUAUCUGCUUUCUCCAGAUUUCACUACGUCGACGUACCUCUGGUCACCAAGCUCGGCGAUCUUAGACGAGUGGACACCGGCGGAUGAGGCACUGCUAGAGUCGUUGUAUUCUGGUGAGGUGGAGGAGGAAGGGGGUUGGUUUGACGGUUAUCUUGAUUGGGUGGGGAGGGCGGAGGAUCAGCUCCAUGGGUUGGGUUCGUCUAGGCUGUGGAGAGGACCGGAAGAGUCAAACAAUAGCUUUAUCAGCGUUGAUUCUCCAAAGAAUCAGGAGGGGGGAUUGAUGGGCAGCUUUUCAAAGACGAGGGCGAGAGAACGCUGUGGUUAG